UUUUUGUUAUUAUUUUGUUCUCCCUUGCAAUUUCAACAGUUACAAGACUGCUAACCUUAAUUGUUUUAUUAACUGUUUAAAUAAAUAAAAAAAUAUGGCAUUUAUUGAAAUAUUUAAGAUGAAUAAAUUUAUUAAACUACGUUCUUCUAUCGAUAUUAUCAUAAAUAAUGUUUCUAGUAAUAAAUUUCAUGUAUCUUCAGUGCAACAAUUAGAUCAGAAAUGGCGUAAAAAAAAUAGAUUAACAAUGAACCCGAAUGCUUUUGGACCUCUAACAAAUUAUCCAGAUUAUUCAUAUGCAGAUGGAAGACCAUCUCCUUUUGGAGUAAGACAAUUGGGACGAAUUAAUAAGCAAAGAAAUAUUUUUGCAAAAAUCGAAAAGUUAUCUGGUGAAAUUGAUUAUGCUGUUGAAAGAUAUAAUCGAAUACAGAAUGAUAUUGCAGAAAAAAGAAAAAAUAUAAUUGAUAAUAAAUUAAAGCCAAAAGGAAAUGAAUCUUUACUAGAUAAAAUGUAACAAUAUACAAAUGUUUAAUAAUUUUUUUGUUGGUUCAUUUAUUUUAUUAAUGUUUUAAUUACUCAAAAUAAAAAAUAAAAAAUAGUUACAAGUACAUGAAAAUAAUAAUAAUUUAUUUUUAUUGUCGAGUUAUAAAAGUUAGUUUAUAAUUUUUUGGAACAAGAGUUAUUCCACAAUCGCCAUUUAAAUCGAUGGGUUCAUUGUCAUUGGGAAUAGAUAUUUUAAAUUCUUUAAUAAUUGUGGAUAUAAAAAUAAUCAUAAUCAUUUUAGCUAAUUCAUCUCCAACACACAUUCGUUUACCAGUUUGGAAAGGAAUAAAAGCAGACGGCUUAAUUAAAAAUCCAUCUGGUGAAAUAAAUCUUUCAGGAAUAAAUUCAUUUGGAUUUUCCCAAUAAUUUGGAUUCAUAUGUAUUGCCCAUUGUAAUGGAAUAAUCAUUGCACCUUUAGGUAUAUCAUAAUCACCUAUUUUAUCAUCUGCAAUAGCACCAUGUGGUAUACCUACAGGAACAACUGUUUUUAGUCUUUGAAUUUCACAAAUACCAGCCUGUAGUAAUAUUAAAGAACAACUAUCUUCCAGAGUUAUUUCUUCUUUAUUUCCUACAAUUGUUUUUAUUUCUUGAUAAAUUUUUUCCUAAAAUUAAAAUUUUAUAAAAUUAACAAAUUAAUUUUAAAUUAUAAAUAUU